AUGUUAAGAAAAAACAAAAUGUUAAUUUUUAAAUACUUUCUUAAUCUCAUUAAUGGAGCCUUCUUGGUUCUUGGACUUUUACUCAUGGGAUUUGGUGCAUGGUUCUUAUUGGAUAGAAAUAAUUUUUUCACAGCUUUGGAUGAAAAUAAUCACUUGAUAGUAUAUAUUUGUCACAUUUUGAUUGGAACCAGAUCUGCUAUUGUUCUUCUUUGUCUCUUGGGUUAUUUGGGAAUUCACAGUGAAAUCAGAUGGCUCCUACUUCUGUACACAGCACUGUUAAUGUGGGCCUUUGGUGUUCAGGUUGUACUUUCAACAUUCAUCUUCAUAAAGAAAAAGGAGGUUCACCAAGUAUGGCAUGAUAAAAUUGACUUAAUCAUUACUGAGUAUGGAUCUAAAGACAUGCCUGAAGAUAUACCCAAAUGGAUUAUUCUGAAUGCUUUACAGAAAACAUUGCAGUGUUGUGGCCAGUACAAUUACACAGAUUGGAUAAAGAAUACAAAUAAAGAAAAUUCAGAACAGGUGCCAUGUUCUUGCACAAAUUCUACAUUAAGGAAGUGGUUUUGUGAUGAGCCCCUGAAUGCAACUUACCUGGAGGGCUGUGAAAAUAAAAUCAACACAUGGUAUAGUGGUAAUGCUUUAACAUUAAUUGGAAUUAACUUUGGACUUUUGGCUUCAGAGGUUUUGCAAAUCUUAUUAACUGUUUCUUUCUUCAGACACAUCAAGAAUAGAAUAUAUGCAGGAGUGUGA